AUGGCGCGGUUGUCCACCGUGAUCUGGGGCGCGCUCUCCCUGCUCGGCAGCGCGUUCGGCUACGCCAACCCGGGGGCCUGCUCGGGCACCUGCACCAACACGCAUGACCCGUCCAUCAUCCGGCGGUCAUCCGACGGGACCUACUUCCGCUUCUCGACCGGCGGCAAGAUCGCCGUGCACACCGCCCCGGCCCUCACCGGCCCCUGGACCUACAAGGGCGCCGCGCUGCCGUCCGGCUCCUCCAUCGACCUCGACGGGAACCAGGAUCUUUGGGCCCCCGACGUCGCCCUGGUCGGCUCAACCUACUACCUGUACUACUCCGUGAGCACCUUCGGCUCCCAGGACUCCGCCAUCGGCGUCGCGACCUCCUCCAGCCUCGACGUCGGCACCUGGACCGACCUCGGGUCCACCGGCAUCCGCUCCUCCUCCGGAAAGCCCUACAACGCGAUCGACCCGAACCUGGUCCAGGACGGGAGCACCUAUCUGCUCACCUUCGGCAGCUUCUGGCGGGACAUCUACCAGGUACCGAUGGCGAGCCCGCCGAAGGCCGUGGCGAGCGGUAGUAGCGGCGCGUACAACGUCGCGUACGAUUCGGUCAAGACGGACGAGGAGGGCGCGUUCGUGUACAAGAACGGCGCGUACUACUACCUGUUCUACAGCAAGGGCCAGUGCUGCGGGUACGAUGCUAGCAAGCCGGCGGCGGGGGGCGAGUACAAGAUCAUGGUGUGUCGGUCGAGCUCCGCGACAGGGGGUUAUGUGGACGCCGCGGGCAAGGCGUGCACUAGUAGCGGGGGCACGGUGGUCCUUGAGUCUCAUGGAAACGUGUACGGGCCGGGGGGUCAGGGGGUUUACAAUGAUCCUACGCAUGGUCCCGUUCUCUACUACCAUUACGUUGAUACUACGAUAGGCUAUGCAGAUGGUCAGAAACGAUUUGGAUGGAACACGAUCAAUUUCUCUAGCGGUUGGCCUGUCGUCUAA